UCGUCUUACAAGGUAUCGUUGACAACUGAUCUAUUCUCUGUUUUUUGCGUGCUUUCCAACCUUAGAGAGAUCUAGAUACGCUUGCAGGAAGCCAAGUAAAACGGUCAACUAUGACGUUCGUCCGCCGGUAGCUUCGACUAUUUGUAUUUCGCCCAACAUAUAGAGCGGAGCGAAUUUAACCUACUUGGUUCUUGGAUGUGCCUGCACUAUUGCUUUCUUCAGAACUUCUUGUCAAGGUGGAAUCUUCUCGUGUUUGGAGGUGCAGGACGAGGUCAAAGUGACGAUGAUUAUGACGGUUUCCGGUCAUUUUGACUCGCGAUGUAGUCGUACAAGGUCGACAAUCUGAGCGUCAUGAUUCUUCGGGCUUGAGAAAUAUCUACAGUGUGUAUGACAGAAUGGCGUUGCUUUCUCCUGGAGACAAGUUUAUUGAUCAAGCGACAUUUUUACAGUAUUUUCCACUGGAUGGUUUGUUAGCAAAGAGAUUGUUUGUUGUGUUUGACACAAAGAAGACAGGUUACAUUGACCUCGAGGAAUUUCAAAAUGGCUUGGCUCUUUGUCUUCAUGGGACACAUGAAGAAAAAUGCAAGAUGAUCUUUGACAUGUGCAAUUUGGAUGGUUCUGAUGGUGUGUCACCUGAUGAGCUGUAUUCUGUGUUGGUAUCAUGUGUGUCAGCUUCCCACAAGAUUCAGAAUAUCUACUACGGCUCCAAGAACUCUAUUGAUUCAUUGGACUUAGUUGAUAGCCAAAAGCAAGUUCGGUAUGUUGUAGAGCAAGCGUUCAAAAUGCAUGACAAUGACAGGACUGGAAAACUCUCAUCUGAGAAUUUCUAUUUGUGGUUGAAGGAGAAUCCUCUUCUUGUAGAUUCUAUAUUCAGUCAUGAAAGUUUCAAGCAUCUUUCAAGAGUCAGUCCAACUGGUUCUUUUUCCAAGAAAUCAGUCAACAGACAUCUGCACAGUCAACGAUGGAUGGAUAGCAAAUCUCAGAGACAAGAAUCACGUGAUCUUGAUACUGAUGCAGCGGCAGUUUCCACUUCAAAUGAUUCUCUAUUUUUGCUUAAAUGGAAUCGCAUUGGUUCACCUGCAAAUUCUAACACUUGCUGGCCUCAAUACAGAGACAGGCACGCUGUAUGUUGUCAUCAGGGACUGUUCUAUCUCAUUGGAGGUAGAAACGGCGGAGUGUCAUAUUCUGACUUUUGGAAAUGGGAUCCAAACACAAGAGAAUGGGAGAUUUUGCAGAAUGAUUUGCCACUGUUACAAGGACACACGGCUGUUGUAAUACAAAAUAGUCUAGUGGUGUUUGGUGGGCAGUUUUCUAUGGAUCCUCACUGCUGUCUUUGCAUGUAUAAUUUUGACACAGCAGAGUGGAUUGUAAAUAAGCAACUCCAGUUGACGUCUACGUUACAGAUGUGGCAACGACCAACCAAUCGUUCUUUCCAUGUUGCAGUCAUUCAUCAAUCGGACAUGUGUAUGUAUGUUCAUGGGGGAUGUAUCGAAUUGAAAGGGAUUACAAACGAAGUAUGGAAAUUCUUUCCAGAGAUUAUGGUGUGGCAACAGGUGAAAGAUGAAAGUGGGACAGCUCCCUCUCUUUGUCAUCACUCAGCAGUCAUUCACAGGGAGGCAAUUUGGAUUCAUGGAGGGACAGCUCCUUCUGGAAUUUCAUCAGCUACCUGGCGUUUGCCGUUUGAGACUAUGCAGUGGGAGCAUAUCAGUACAUCAUGUCCUGGUCCUGCUUUGUACAGCCACACAGCAAAUAAGGUGAAGGCAUGCAUGGUUGUUAUAGGUGGAAAAACAAAAGCUACUUGGAAUGAUAGGGUGUGGCUGCUUCACUUUGAUACCCAUAUAUGGUCAACUGUGGACAACACUGGUAGUAGUCCGCCAUUUCCUUUUAUGGAUCAUUCGGUCACAACUUUAACAGGGAAUGCAACAUCGUUUCUAUUCCCUGUUGCACAAGACAGAUCCACAGCCAAUAAAAGGCAAAGACAGGGCACGUUAUCUCUCCAAAGCAGCACUGCUGACUGCAAAUCUGAUAAAUCAAUGUUAUCCUUGAACGAUUGUGAUGUUGAAUUGUUGGACAUGGCUUCUGUUGCGCUCCCUGGAUCUGUCAGUGGAGAUGAUAUGUUCGACGGAUUGAAACCAGUUAAAACUCAGACAGCUCAGUCUUUGGGUUCUCAAGAAGCAGCGAUGGAGCAUGCAAUCCCAAGUGAUCCAAGAAUGGGUACACUUCUUGGAAGUCACACAGGAAUGUAUUUGUUUGGAGGGAAAACUAGUCAUUAUGGUGAUAGUUUUGGACCAUUAAGUAUAUGGCAUGUUUCCCUACAGAGAUUUUAAUCUCAUUCAGAGUAUUUCAUCCAGCUUUCUAAGGAUUAGUAGAGAACAGUGGCAUGUCUAUGCUGAACAAAUCCAGUUGUGCAAGUGAACGGCUGUAGGAAUUGCAGCAGCAUAAGGUUUGGACGUUCUUUCAUUAAUAAUUUGCAGAGCAACUGCUUUAUUUGAAUUACUCAAUUUUUUUAUUGAACACAUUAAAUUACAUAUCACGCGUAGCGAGGU